AUGUUCCGCUCGUUGGACAGUUGGUGGGAGGACAUUGAAGAGAAGGGCGUGGCUUUCAAGGGCUUCUACUACAAGUCGAGAGCCGAGACGGCGACGUGGUUCAUGAUGGUCGGGACCGAGGGCACGAGCUUGAUGCAGACGGCACUGGCGCGGCAGAAGAAGCUGUCCGGCGACGAGCCGAACGGUUGUAUGGAGAAGGACAAGGAGCAUAGUCUCUGCUAUGGGAGCAGCAUGGUCAGUUAUGCGCUGUGCGCCUACGAGUCGGAGUAUUGCAAAUGCUAUAUGGACGAGACCAGCGGGUGCGAGCUCCUCAACAUGAAAAGCAAGGAGGCCGAAGUCGAGAUCGACAUGACGGACCCGAGAAAAACCGUGCAGGCUGGCAUCGAGGUGAACAAACUCUCCCAAGGCGGAUAA